AUGAACGAAUCUCGUGCCGAUGCAAGUUCAGUUGUUUACAACGGUCAAGUCCUGGUCACAGGGGGUACUUCUGAUGAUAAGAUCAUUGUGAGUAGUAUAGAGCAAUUUAGUCGCAAUCCCAAUCCGCUUAUCCCACCUUGCUGGUCUUAUUUCUCAUUUAAUUUGCCAAAGGCAUUGAAUGGGCAUCGCAGUGUACUGUAUAAUGAUCGAAUGUUUGUUAUUGGCGGUUAUGAUGAAGAGAAAAAAAAGUAUUCUAAUAUGAUUUACGAAAUCCAGCUACGUUUUCCCUUCACUACAAAGGUUUUGGCUAAAUUGCCUUCAUCAACACACAUGAUAGGCUGUGGUGUUAUUCUGGUUAAUGAUAAAAUUUUGAUAUUUGGUGGUCGCGACUGCCAAAGUAAAACGACUGCGAAAGUUACCAUGUAUGACAUAACUAUGAAUACGUUCCAGGAACUUGCACCAUUGCCUUAUAAAGUGUUCAACAUGGCAACUGUCAACUUUGGAGAAAAUGUCGUUCUUGUUGGUGGUUCUGAUCAGUUUUAUUUUGUGGAUGCAAAAAGCACAGUUGUUAGUUAUAAUAUCAAGACACAAAAAAGCGCUAUGCUACCACCAAUGAAGCACACCCGUUCUCAAUGUUGUGCAGUUGUCGAUGGAAACUCUCUGGUGGUUAUGGGAGGAAUCAAGCACGGUGCAGUUGCUCUCAACUCAGUGGAAGCAUUCGACUUUAGAUCUUCCAAAUGGAGAAGUCUUCCUUCAAUGAAAGAAGCAAGAAGAACGUUCAUUGCAGAAAUUGUCUAA